AUGAACGCAUUUCGUUUUCGCUUCGCGACAUUGCUGCUGCUCGUCGUGACCAUUGCCUGUAGCAACAGCAUUGCUCGCAUUUCAGCUGACGCUCCAGUUGAGAACAAUUCAAGGCUUUUGCGUAAUCAAGUGGAAUUCUCAGAUGCUGCCGCAUUGUCUGAAAGUGAGCAACUGAACUCUUCCAGCUCUUCCAGUCACGAAAAAUUUGUUCCAGGGGAACCAUCGCACGCUUCGGAGACCGAACACUCGGCUGCUUCAGCAUCGCAUGAGAAAAAACACGAGGGACCAACUUUGAUGUCGUUUGUCGGUCCGGCUGUCGCGGGUGUGCUAGCAAUUUUGCUCAUUGGCGCUGUCAUCGCAUUUAAGAAUCGCAUGAACAAGUAA